AGAAAGUUGCAUCGAAUUACUCGAAUCGGCAGGAUGUAUGCGAUAAUGGAGCACUUCUCGGUCGUCUUUCUUCUGUAUCUCCUCUACUGCAGUCUGAUCAGAGUUGUUGAGACUACUGUGACGCCCAACUGCACCAUGUACUUGGAGUUCAUCGAAGUGUACGACGGAACAUGCAAGAAUUAUUAUUUGUGCACGUACGAUGGUGCAAAAUUCAUUCCUGUGCCACUGUCAUGCACCAGCACUACCAUAUUCGAUCCAUCUGUAAACAUGUGCAUGCCCGAAAGUGAAGCUAUAUGCCAACAAACGACGACGAUACCAUCGACCACUGUAGCGCCUUGUUAUCGAUACGGUAGAUUUCCGAUAGCAGAUAUUUAUUGUAAGAAGUACUACUUGUGUUACUGGGACGGCAUUGCUUACGCCAAAAUGGACAAUCUCAGGUGUCCAAACACGCUGGUAUUCUAUCCAUUAUCGGAGAAAUGCGUAUCGCCACUAAAAUACAAGUGCCCGGGGACUCUAGUUUAGAAUAACUAAACUCGAAAACACGUAGACAGCACAUAUAUCGGUAGUUAUACAAAGAUACCAAUAUAAAAAAUGAUUUAUAAAUAAAUUGUUUGUUGAAGUAAAAAUAAAUCAUUCUUAGCAAAAGUUGUCUUCUUGAUGUAAAAUGUAUGUAUUUAUUAAACAACAAGCGAUAAAUCGAGUAUGAUCGAAAAAAAUUUUUGAAAUUUUUAUACAAGUAUUAUAUUGUUUAAUAAUAUUUUAUAUAGAAAAACAGAAGAGAUUCGGACACUAGUGAAAUUAUUUAUAAUUGGCAAUCAAGCGGAUUUCUAAUGUAAAAAUUAAUAUUACAAAUCAACAGAAAAAUAAUAAAUGGAUCUUUGAUUAUCGUGCGCUUAA